CGCUCCCACAUCUGCAGCUGGAAUUGCAAUUUGAGGCGCUGCCUGGGCCGGGACAGGGAGUGGGAGGAAGCCGGAGCGCGGGGGGCUGCGCGGGGCCCCGACGGGGACAGAGCCGCGGGCACGGCGGGGACGGCCGGAGCCAGCAGCCCGGCGGGCACAGCCCGAGUGACAAAGCCGAGGGGUCCCCAACCCGUGUCCCCCCGCACAGCGGCGGGCAGCAAGGCCAUGGCGAUGCUCCUGGAGCCCGGGAUGCAGAGCCUGCGGAUGGGUGCCAACGGCGAGCGGUGCCCGACGCCAUCCCCGCCCGGCUCCCCGGGGACACCCCACGACAGCUGCAGCAUCGCCCCACUGACGCCUUCCCAGUCACCGCGGAGUGAGGCGCGCUCCCAGCAGACCCCGUCCUUCUCCGUGGUGGUGGCCAUUGACUUCGGCACCACCUCCAGUGGUUACGCCUUCAGCUUCACCAGCGAUCCCGAGGCCAUCCACAUGAUGAGGAAAUGGGAAGGGGGGGACCCGGGCGUGGCCAACCAGAAGACCCCCACCAGCCUCCUGCUGACUCCGGAGGGGACAUUCCACAGCUUUGGCUACACCGCCCGCGAUUACUACCACGACCUGGACCCUGAGGAGGCCCGCGAGUGGUUCUACUUCGAGAAGUUUAAGAUGAAGAUCCACAGCACCAGCGAUCUGACCAUGAAAACCGAGCUGGAAGCUGUCAAUGGGAAGAAGAUGCCGGCGCUGGAGGUGUUUGCCCAUGCGCUGCGCUUCUUCAAGCAGCACGCGGUGCAGGAGCUGAAGGACCAGUGCCCGUCCCUCCCCGAGAGCGAUGCCAUCCGCUGGGUCCUCACCGUGCCGGCCAUCUGGAAGCAGCCGGCCAAGCAGUUCAUGCGGGAAGCGGCCUACAAGGCUGGGCUGGUGUCCCCAGAGACCCCGGAGCAGCUGCUGAUCGCGCUGGAGCCCGAGGCCGCCUCCAUUUACUGCCGGAAGCUGCGGCUGCACCAGCUGAUCGAGCUCAGCUGCCGCGCCCCGGCCAACGGGGCCGAGCGCCCCCACCCCAUCGAUUCCAGCUUCCGGCAGGCCCGGGAGCAGCUCCGGCGAUCCCGGCACAGCCGCACCUUCCUGGUGGAGUCGGGAGUGGGCGAGCUCUGGUCGGAGAUGCAGGCAGGUGACAGGUACAUCGUGGCCGAUUGUGGCGGCGGAACGGUGGAUUUGACAGUGCACCAGAUCGAGAAGCCGCAGGGGACGCUGAAGGAGCUCUACAAAGCCUCGGGAGGUCCCUACGGGGCCGUGGGUGUGGACCUGGCCUUCGAGAAGCUUCUGUGCCACAUCUUCGGGGACGAUUUCAUCGCCACCUUCAAGGCCAAGCGUCCGGCGGCCUGGGUGGACCUGACCAUCGCCUUCGAGGCGCGGAAGCGCGCGGCCGCCCCGAGCCGCUCCAGCCCCCUCAAUAUCUCCCUGCCCUUCUCCUUCAUCGACUUCUACCGCAAACACCGCGGCCAAAACGUCGAGACCGCGCUCCGCAAGAGCAAUGUCAACCUGGUGAAGUGGUCAUCCCAAGGGAUGCUGCGGAUGUCACCCGAGGCCAUGAGCGAGCUGUUCCAGCCAACCAUCACCCACAUCAUCCAGCACAUCGACACCCUCCUGAAGAAACCCGAGGUCCAAGGCAUCAAAUUCCUGUUCCUGGUGGGCGGCUUCGCCGAGUCGGCCAUGCUGCAGCGGGCGGUGCAGGCCGCCUUCGGCCACCGCUGCCGGGUCAUCGUCCCGCAGGAUGUGGGGCUGACCAUCCUCAAAGGGGCCGUGCUCUUCGGCCUGGACCCCGGCGUGGUGCGGGUGCGCCGCUCCCCGCUCACCUACGGCGUGGGGGUCCUCAACAAGUUCGUGGAGGGGAAGCACCCGCGGGAGAAGCUGCUGGUCAAGGAAGGCAAGAACUGGUGCACCGACAUCUUCGAGAAGUUCGUCACCGUGGACCAGUCGGUGGCGUUGGGCGAGGUGGUCCAGCGGAGCUACUGCCCGGCCCGGCCCGGCCAGCGCCGGACCAUCAUCAACAUCUACUGCUGUGACACCGAUGACGUGGUGUACAUCACCGACCCCGGCGUCAGGAAGUGCGGAACCAUCAGCCUGGAGCUGGGGGACGUGGGGGACGCGGGCCCGGCGCGGGGCCGGCGCGAGAUCCGCACCAGCAUGCAGUUCGGGGACACCGAGAUCAAGGUGACCGCGCUGGACACGCGCACGGCGCGCAGCGUGAGGGCCACCAUCGACUUCCUGUCCAACUGAGGGGUCCCAGGAUGUGCCACCAUCGACUUCCUGUCCAACUGAGGGGUCCCAGGAUGUGCCACCAUUGACUUCCCGUCCAAGGGGUCCCUGGGACCUGCCACCAUUGACUUCCUGUCCAACUGAGACUCUCCAGGAUGUGCCACCAUUGACUUCCUGUCCAACUGAGGGGUCCCAGGAUGUGCCACCAUUGACUUCCCAUCCAAGGGGUUCCUGGGACCUGCCACCAUCGACUUCCUGUCCAACUGAGGGGUCCCAGGAUGUGCCACCAUUGACUUCCCAUCCAAGGGGUUCCUGGGACCUGCCACCAUCGACUUCCUGUCCAACUGAGACUCUCCAGGAUGUGCCACCAUCGACUUCCUGUCCAACUGAGGGGUUCCUGGGACCUGCCACCAUUGACUUCCUGUCCGACUGAGGGGUCUCUGAGACGUGCCACCAUCGACUUCCUGUCUGAGACUACCCAGGAUGUGCCACCAUCGACUUCCUGUCCAACUGAGGGGUCCCAGGAUGUGCCACCAUCGACUUCCUGUGUAACUGAGACAACCCAGGAUGUGCCACCAUUGACUUCCCAUCCAAGGGGUUCCUGGGACCUGCCACCAUCGACUUCCUGUGUAACUGAGACAACCCAGGAUGUGCCACCAUCCACUUCCUGUCUGACUGAGGGGUCCCUGGGACCUGCCACCAACGACUUCCUGUCCAGCUGAGACUUUCCUGGAGACUGCACCAUUGAAUCUCCAACUCAGACCCCGCCAUCAUCAUGGGGACACCGCCAGGACCUGUCACCAUCAACUUCCUGUCCAACAGAAGGUUCCUUGGAGAUGCCACCAUGGACUUCCUGUCCAACCAAGGGGCCCUGGAGAUGCUACCAUCAAAUCCUGUCCAGCUGAGACUGUCCUGGAGAUGCCACCAUUGACUUCCUGUCCAACUGAGAUCCUCCUGGAGACGCCACCAUGGACUCCCUGUCCAACUGAGAUCCUCCUGGAGAUGCCACCAUCAAUUUCCACCCCGUCUGAGACCUCCUGUCAUUGUGAGGACCAUCCCAGGCCCUCGCACCUUCGAUUCCCUCCCAGACUGAGACCCCCCCGUUAUCCUGGGGACCCCAGGCCCUGCCCCCCACCCUCUCCAGGUCCCCCUUGAACUGGAAUUUGCCUCAUGAUCCCUCCCCAUCCAAAUAGUCCCAGUCCCAGUCCAGGACUAUUUGGGAUCAUCCACCUGGGGGUGUCCCCUGUCCCUCUGGGCGGGUUCAUGGAGGAGAUCCGGGCUCCCGGCCCAUUCCCAGUGGGAUUUUCCUCCUUCCCGAGGUGGGAUUUUGUACUUUA